CACACCCUAAAUACAAGAGGGCUCUCGGACUGAGGUACAGUUCCCUAAAAUUGGUCAGUUAAGGGUGCGAAGAUGAAGUGUGUUACAGAAGCAGCUGUAUUGUCACUUGUUCUCGCUACAUUUGUAGGAUCAGUGCAAGGAACAGGUUUCUGUGCGUCCAACCCCUGCACCAUAGGCACGUGCAUGGAAUCACCGAGCGGCUACUACUGCACCUGUCAACCGGGGUACUCCGGGGCAGGCUGUAGAACACAGAUCGACUACUGCAAGCCAAACCCUUGCUAUAACAGCGCUACAUGUAAAGGAUUCCAUAUCGAAGGGUGCGGAGGCUACUCAUGCGUAUGUCCCCCAAACUUCACGGGAAAACUGUGCGAAAAGGAAAUAUCACCCUGCAGCCCUGACGUCAACCCUUGUGUGAAUGGGAUAUGCAAGUCGGUGGGCGGGGAGAUUCGGUGCACCUGCCCAGGAGGAUGGACCGGGCAAAGAUGUGAGACCAAAACAAGGUGCUUUCUCGGUCUGUGCAUGAACGGCGGCACAUGCGCAGAAGGCAUGGCAGAUCACGUGUGGUACUGCCUUUGUUCCGCUAAUUACACAGGCGAUCAAUGUGAAACAGCUGUUAACGAUUGCUCGAGUAAUCCCUGCUUGAAUGGAGGAAAAUGCUGUAACGAGAACGACGCGCGUGGAUACUCGUGUCAGUGUCUGGCGGGGUUUUCCGGAAGAAGAUGUGAAAAUGAUUUGAACCCUUGUAUCCCGUGCCUUAAUGGCGGACAAUGUGUGGAGUUUAAUGGCGUGUUCAAGUGCGUCUGUGCGGCAGGUUGGUUUGGAGUUCAUUGCGAUCAGAGAAUAGUCACCACCAGCACCUCGUAUUCAUCAUCAAGGCUGACAUCCACGUCCCACGUGACCACCACAACAACCCCAAACCUUUGCUCGUACUCUCCUUGCCAGAAUGGAGGCACAUGUGAAGCUCACGGCGACUCGUACCAUUGUAUCUGCCCUAUGGGCUGGUAUGGAACAUAUUGUACCUUUGGCUUGUGCGAGUUCAUGCCCGACUUGUGUAAGAAUGGGGGGGCAUGCAGGCUGCGUGCGCCUGAUUGGGCGUACUGCGAGUGCCUCAUGGGAUACACUGGAGACCAUUGUGAAGUUGCUCUUAGUAGACCCUGUACCACCACACGUACCACAACAACAUCUGUGUCAACACCGACUUCCUCCACGCCUACCACACAGCAUCAGGUCACAACAACAUCCGUGUCAACACCGACUUCCUCCACGCCUACCACACAGCAUCAGGUCACAACAACAUCUGUGUCAUCACCGACUUCCUCCACGUCUACCACACAGCAUCAGGUCACAACAACAUCCGUGUCAACACCCAGUACUACAACACCUCCUCGUACUACAUCCAUCUCAACUACAAAGACUACGAGAGUGACUACUUCUACACCAUCGGCAGUUACAACAGCGGUGACAACGGUAGUUAGAGAUCGCGUUGUUCGAGUCUACGUUAUCCGGCGUGAGCUGAUCUGGCUAUGGUUUACUUGCGGCAUUCUCGCCCACUCUGGUCUCAUCCUACAGACGGAAUCCGGGAAGGAAUAUGUGUUGGAAUAUAUGGAUGAUGGGAAGGCCCUUCUCUAUCCAGCAAAUUACAAGAUUAAAAAGGGAGAUCAUCCAGAUGGUGCGACUUUUAUCGAAAUGCCCGACAAAGACGGAAAAGACCACGAUUGGACAAAGCAGAACAAAGGAACUGCAAUGCCAGCUGACAUCGACGUCACUCCACAGGAAGCCCAGAGUCAGAUGCAGAAGAUCGUGGGCGACAAUUACAACUUCCUGUGGAACAACUGCCAUGCUGCACAAGAGGCUUUGAGGCUUGCCUGGGGUUUGAAGGUCGACAGAAAGCGACGGAGAUCGGUGCGUUCUAAGGGGAUUGAUUUGAGGGAAAGGCGCAAACAGCCGCUAUGGAUGAGAAGGCACCAGAUUGCUAGGAGUCUCUAAACGUCAAGACAAAAUAGAAUGAUUCCACUCCAUGGAGCAUUGAAACUUUAAUGGGCAUAGGUGAAAAAGGAUCCUUUACAGUGAACGCUUUAAACACAGCUAUAAGCUCCAUGUAUAAGGAUAGAUCACAAAAGAACAAGGAGGAAUAAUACGUAGAUAAUGCCUGAUUUUAUUCUAAUAAUAAGUAUGUAAUGCUAUUCUUGGAAGCAAUCAUAUAAAGGAAUAUAGAAUGUAGAGAAUUUAAAUAAAUGGGAAGUUAAUAUCAUAUUUCAAAUC